AUCUGAUGGAUCCUAUUCUGCCACAUGGCAGCUGGGAUUGAAGAAAAUAAAAGUAAAAAUAGCGUGAAAGGGCAAAUUGGGGAGUAUGAAUUGCAGCGGUUACUCCAUUGCUGAGAUCAUGCUAAAUUCCUAUUCUAUUUCAAGCUAAUAUGACGUCCGAUUUCAUGAAAUCUUCCAGUCCCAGCGUUGUCUUCUCCUUCCCAAAUUCUGCCGAUUUUGGAGUGUUUGACAUCAUAUUUCAAUGGAGAAUGUAAAUCCUGAUUUGGAGUGGAGUAAUUUCCCAGAAGUUUCAUGUGUGCCACUAUGUUCCGCUGAACUUAUACCCAUUGUUGGUAAGAACUUCAAUACCUUAGAUGAAGGCAUUUCAUUCUAUGAUGCGUAUGCACGCGCAACAGGUUUUGACACACGAAAACAUGGAAACAAAGCUUCACGUGAGUUGGUUACUUGGCAAUAUCUAGUGUGCAAUAGGCAAGGGGUGAAGAAGGGAAUUGAAAUAGAUCAGAUUCACGCUCGUGAAGGAUUCAUUACCAAGCGUAGACGUACAUCUAAGAGGUGCGGUUGCAAGGCUAGAGUGUCUCUCAAGUACGUUUUUGAGGGUAGUUUUGUUGGGUAUGUUGUGCAUGAGUUUGUGGAUGUACACAACCACAGUCUGAUUGAGCUUCCUCUUCGACGAUGGAUGCAUUUAAAUCGUAAACUGGACGAGGUGCAUAGGAAAUUCAUAUGGGAUUGCACGAAAGCUAAUAUCAGUCCCACAAUGACCUUCAAAUUUCUCAAUGAGUUUUUGGGAGGUUAUGACACUGUUGGAAUCACAUUAACAGAGCUUAGGAAUUAUGUUCAUGGUCUCAAAUCAUAUGUGGAAGGUUCUGAUGCACAGAUGUUGCUAGAUGAAAUGCGUAGGAGGAAGGAGGCGUGUGAGGGGUUCAGUUAUCAAUAUCAGCUAGGUUCUGAAAACGAGUUAAAAUCACUUUUCUGGUGUGAUGCAGAAUCUAAACGAAACUAUCACAUGUACGGUGAUGUUGUCUCGUUCGACUCCACAUACAAUACUAAUAGGUAUUGCAUGAUCUUUUCUCCUUUCACCGGUAAGGAUAACCAUGGGAAACCAGUCACGUUUGCAGCUGCUUUGCUAUCCGAUGAGAGUACUGAAUCAUAUUCAUGGUUGUUCAAAAAUUUUGUUGAAGCUAUGGGUCCAGCACCAAAGAUGAUUGUGACGGAUCAAGAUCGAGGUAUGAGAGCAGCAAUUCGGACCGUGUUGGUUGAUACGAAGCAUAGAUGGUGCAUGUGGCAUAUCAUGCUAAAGCUCACGGACAAAGUUCCAAAGAAAACACUUGAAAAUGAAGAUCUUAAGAAAGAGAUCAGGGCUUGUGUCUGGUCUGAGUUAAUCGAGCCUGUUGAAUUUGAAGAGACUUGGAUGGGGAUAAUGGAACGUUAUGGGCUGGUUGAUGUAGACUGGUUUAUCAAUAUGUUCGAGAAUCGGAAGAUGUGGGUCCCUGCAUAUUUCAGAGAUUUUCCAAUGGGCUCGUUGAUUCGGACUACAUCUGUUUCUGAGAGUGAGAACAGUUUCUACAAAACUUUCACAAGGCCCCGUUCGAAUCUCGUUGAAUUCAUAAUGAGUUUUGAUCAUGCAUUGGCUGCACAAAGAAAUGCUAGCUCCAAGUUGGAUUAUGUUGAUUCAACCAUUACUCCCCCCUCAAGUAAGAUGCACGUCAUUUUCAUCAACAUGUACUCCACUCCCCUCAAACGUUGGUAGCUUACUAGGUAGGGGCUUGAAAUUGGUUGCCAGCCAGUAACACAGUUUUCCAGGAAGGUAAUUCAGGUUAAAAUUAAGAAGGCACUGAACCCCAUCUCAACAACGGCCUUCUUUUGCUUGGCAUUUAAUGCCCUUACAAUCUUGUACAUAGAUUUGGGAUGUCCUCUAAAAAGCAUAGUAUCUCUCUCUCCAAUUUCGGACAAUACGCCUGAUAUAAACAUCAUCAAUGUUCGUUAAAAAAUAACAAAUGCAAAUUGAAGUUAAGUAAAACGCAAUAAUAAAGGAUGUACACCUCCAACUGACAAACAUGCAAUUUAAUUAUCAUUAGUAUGCAAUAUAGCAACCUCCUAUACAAA